AUGAAACGGAAGCAGAACGGGGAAGACGGCGUGGCAACGCGCCCAAGCCCUAAGCGCCGGACAAGGGAUAAACCCUUCCGAGAAAGCGAGUCGGUUCGAGAACAGGCGAGGCCCUACCUGCUGGCAGUCGGCAGGCUGCAUAUAGAUGUUCUGGAGACGACGUGGAGUAUAGGUAGAAACCGCCGUCUCGAACCUGGUCACGUCCGGGAACUGAAAGAGGCGUUCAUGAAAGGUGGCCUUGAGCGCGGCGCACCCGAGAACCGUAUUUUCGUCCUUUGUACUGCCGAAGAGGUCUACCGCAUCCGCCGGAGCAGAGAUAACGAAGACGAUAACGACGACAACGACGAUAAUAACAAUAACGGUAACGAUAGUAAUAAGGAAAGUAAUAACGAUAACCACCAUAACAAUGCUAACAGGAGCAGAGAGCAUGGUGGCGACGAAGAUCCGUUUCUCCGUUGGGCUGCCGUUAAUAAGACCAAGGUGGAGGUUAUGGCCGGACAGCACCGACUUCGCGCCCUCCAAGAGUAUAUCAAGGCAACAGGCGCUCCGGAGUCGGAUAACUGGUGGACGUGUGAACUAUAUGAUAAAGACCGACUCCCGGUAGACCUCGACAUAAAGCUACGUAUCAACCGUAGAGACCCGAGCCUACCCGAUAACCACGGUCAGAUCUGGACGCAGCUUGUAUCAAUCGCGUCAGAUACAUCAGGAGGAUCCACCAAAGGCGGAGCCGCCCAAGUGAUUGUCGACUAUAAACUCGUGGAGGCUUUACGGCUUGGUGGCGAGAAGAGCUUCCCCACGCGUAGGCUCGUCACGUUAUGGAACCACGAGCGGUGGAGAAAGAUAACGACGCGAUGGUGCCAGACUCGCCUAGGCCUAGAGACCUUCAACAUCUCUACCUUUGAGUGGAUGGCCAGCCUCCGUAUUGACGACUACUGGCUUACGACACUCAAGGCGGCGCUGGGCACACUUAAAGCCCUACCCCUCGACGAGACGCAGGACCUCGGCCAAGACGACUGGAAUCGGCUAUCAACAGCGAUACAAUCGGCGACACGUACGCGCGAUGCAGUCGAGGCUAUAUUCUUUACCAGCGACGGCAGCAAGGGCAGCAGCGCGCCCCACCACCGCAAGGUUGGUCUCCUCGAGACCCUGGACGACUCGAAUUAUAGGGAGGUGUGCCGUGCAGUAUGGGCAGUCCCAAGCCUCGAGUUCGUCGACUUGAGGCGCUUCCUCCGAAGCAAGAAGCCCGAGACGGAGGCUGCAGUCCGGAUACUACAGCACGUCAUCAGCUGGAUCCACCACGCUAGCGCAGUCGACCUCGCAAUGGUCAAUCCCAAGUCGAAAAACAAGCCCCAGCUGCUCAAGUACCUACAGGCUGCUCUCGAUAGUUUAGGCAUGUCGAGGGGUAUGACCAGUAGGUAUCCGGCGGACGCAGCACUACAGCUACAGAAACGCGUCCUCGACUUUGCCCAGCGAAACGCGUCUGCCUUUCAGGCGCCGGAGGUGCAGGCAUAUAUUACCGACAAAAUCACACUCGUAAACACACCCGACUAUAGCAAACGGUUUAACUACGUCGUAUGGGCACGCCUACUACGGAUUGUCCGGCAGGUCGUCGACGCGGAGGAUAACAGCCACGUCCUUAGACCCGAGUGGGAAACAUCGAAUACAAACGAGGGAGGUGUCCCCCGGGCGGAGGUUUCAACACUCAUAAAUACAUUCUGCGCUAGUCUCUUCAAACUCGGAGAUCGGCCGGUUAAGAAGAACGACUCUGCACUUAUCGCUCUCCAGCGUAGGGUUGAGAAGCUCCUGACAUCGUCUACUACCGAAUUACAAGGUAUACUAUCGACUAGUCCAGUUUCGUCGGCUAGUAAAACUAUACCUUACGCCACAGAGGGUGAUGACAGCCUCCUACAGAAGCAGAAACAGCAGCAGCAGCAACGAAAGGCGGGGGCUCUAAGAGAUCUGAGCCCCCCGCCACCAGCGCAGAAGCCUAGAAACUCUCGGGAGAACAGCAGUAAAAGAGCACCUCCAACCCGCGGCGCAAGAGUAGAUCUCCUGUCGGACGAAGAGGAGUCUCUACCCUCCUCAACCCCUCCUAGGCGACUACCGAGUGACCGGCAAAAUAGAGUAGAGGUUACGUCGCCAAUUCUAGGGGUCUCAACAGCUCUGAAUACUCCUACUCCCAAACCAAUACCACACUGGAAGGUAGGCCCGAGAGCAGGAAGGAGACAGUAG